UUGCCGCGCGCUUGUGUGUGCCUGGUUCUGCUGGACUAUGCUUUGUUGAUCGUUCUGUCUUCUCCAAAAGUAAAAUUUGUAAAUGGAACCUGUAUUCCCCCCCAUAAUUAUUAGCCUCCAACUAUUAAAACGUGUUAUUUGCGGGGAGUUCACGUCAUCUAAGCGCUUCACUCGGCACCUGGCACAGAACGAUUACGGCCAGAGAAGCCGGAGCAUCUGCUCCUAACUGGGCUUCCCUUGCCGUGGUCCGGGAAUACUAAGGGGCUUCUGGAGGGCCCGGGGGUGCCCCCUCCCCCCCACUGUGAGGGAGCGGGCCCCUGAUUUGUGAAGACGGAAUUUCCUGCCCAUUUGCUCCUCACACCUUCCGGAGGCCAAACGGGCGGCCCAGCUGCGGCCCAAAGGGGGAGGGGCGCGGCCGUCCGGCAGAUGGCGGCAUUUACAUACAGCUGGAGCCCCCUCUCAGGCGGGGGCGCCUCACCCCGGCGUCUGGUGCAUCCGCGAAGCGGGGGUUGGAAGGGUGGCUUUGUCUUCGGGAGGGGAGCACACACCGCGCGUGUACACGCACAUGGGGGUCCACAAAGAACCCUGGAUCUUCGUCGCGUCCACGCAGGGCUACAGCCACGGACUUCCCACACCUAACCUCUUUCACACAGGGACGCUCGGUUAUUCACAGCUUACGCAGACCCUCCGCCCCACGCAGCCACCCAGAGGUGCCUGCACAGACCAGAGAUUUAAAGGUUCAUAUGGCUACACACAGUGUUCAGGAUCUCACAUUUACGCAAUGAUAGGCAUGUCCACAACAGCCGAUCUCAAGAAGUCACACAGUCAGGAAAUCAGGUACACCCCUGUUUUCCCACGCUGGUGCACACGCGUACACACACACACACACACACACACACACACCACAGAAUCUUAGAAUUACAACCUCACAACCUGUCUUCACCAUAUACAAUUUUAGGCACACAAUCAGUCACGUGCAGCCUCCACCCGGUAACUCUUGAUCACACCACACACGCACAGAAUUUAAAAUCGUACAUAACUUUACACACUGGCUGCACCUAACCCCACCUCAUCUUCAGCCACACACAAAGUCGUGCCCACAACCACACACAAGAUCACACGCUCGCUACAUUGCUUCUGCCCAUAUUACAAUCUCACGGUUGCUCCAGCAAGCUCCCCUUCCCCUGCGAUCUCCUCCCCUAGGGUCUCCUGGAGCGGGGCUGCUGCCUGAAGGGGCGGAGCCGUCCCCUCAGAUAUAAGGCUCGGGAGCCAGCAGCUGCGGCUCCCGGCACCCCCGCAAGGCCAUGGUCAGCCCGCAGAUGGCCCAGCUCCUGUCCCGGACGGUGAUCCUGACGCUUCUUUUCCUUCCCCAGGCAGGGCCGGCAGGCGUCUUCGAGCUGCAGAUCCACUCUUUUGGGCCGGGACCAGGCCCGGGGGCCCCGCGGUCCCCUUGCAGCGCCCAGGGCCCGUGCCGCCUCUUCUUUAGGGUCUGCCUGAAGCCAGGGGUCUCCGAAGAAGCCGGCGAAUCUCCGUGCGCCCUAGGCGCGGCGCUGAGUGCGCGCGGACCGGUGUAUACCCAGCAGCCUGGAGCGCCGGCACCUGACCUGCCGCUGCCCGACGGCUUCAUGCGCGUGCCCUUCCGGGAAGCCUGGCCGGGCACCUUCUCUCUCAUCAUCGAAACCUGGAGAGAAGAGUUAGAACAGAUUGGCGGACCCGCCUGGAGCCUUCUGGCGCGCGUGGCCGGCCGGCGCCGCCUAGCGGCCGGGGGCCCGUGGGCGCGGGAUGUGCAGCGCGCAGGCGCCUGGGAACUACGUUUCUCCUACCGCGCGCGCUGCGAGCCGCCCGCCGUCGGGGCCGCAUGCGCGCGUCUCUGCCGCUCGCGCAGCGCCCCCUCGCGGUGCGGCCCAGAAUUGCGCCCCUGCGCGCCGGUCGAGGACGAGUGCGAGGCAGCGCCGGCAUGUCGGGCCGGCUGCAGUCCAGACCACGGCUUCUGUGAGCAGCCCAAUGAAUGUCGAUGCCUGGAGGGCUGGACUGGGCCCCUCUGCACCAUCCCCAUCUCCAGCAGCUGCCUCACUCCCAGGGGCCCAUCCUCUGCUGCCACUGGAUGCCUUGUACCCAGGCCUGGGCCCUGUGAUGGGAACCCCUGUGCCAACGGGGGCAGCUGCAGUGAGACAGCAGGAUCCUUCGAAUGCGCCUGUCCCCGCGGGUUCUACGGAUUGCGGUGUGAGGUGAGCGGGGUGACAUGUGCGGAUGGACCUUGCUUCAAUGGCGGCUUGUGUGUGGGAGGUGCAGACCCUGACUCUGCCUACGUCUGCCACUGUCCACCCGGUUUCCAAGGCUCCAACUGUGAGAAGAGAGUGGACCGGUGCAGCCUGAAACCGUGCCGGAACGGCGGGCUCUGCCUGGACCUGGGCCACGCCCUGCGCUGCCGCUGCCGCGCCGGCUUCGCGGGGCCGCGCUGCGAGCACGACCUGGACGACUGCACCGGCCGCGCCUGCGCCAACGGCGGCACGUGCCUGGAGGGUGGUGGCGCGCGACGCUGCUCCUGCGCCCUGGGCUUCGGCGGCCGUGACUGCCGCGAGCGCGCCGACCCGUGUGCCGCGCGCCCCUGCGCCCACGGCGGCCGCUGCUACGCCCACUUCUCCGGCCUCGUCUGCGCCUGCGCGCCCGGCUACAUGGGCGCGCGCUGCGAGUUUCCGGUUCACCCCGUCGGCGUGGACGACGGCACAGGCGCGUUACCCGCGGCCCUACCAGGCCUGAGGCAGGGGGAUCCCCAGCGCUUCCUUUUGCCCCCGGCUUUGGGACUGCUGGUGGCCGCGGGCUUGGCCGGCACUGCGCUCUUGCUGGUCCACGUACGACGCCGUGGUCCUGUCCGGGAUACUGGGUCUCGCUUGCUGGCGGGGACCCCGGAGCCAUCGGUGCAUGCGCUACCAGACGCACUCAACAACCGGAGAACGCAGGAGGGUUCCGAGGAUGGCCCGAGCCAGCCCGCGGACUGGAGUCACCCUGAAGAUGGAGACUCUCGUGCGAUUUACGUCAUAUCUGCGCCUUCCAUCUAUGCCCGGGAGGUAAAUAUUUAUGAAACACCUACUGUGGACCUCCCAUGAACAUGCCAGCUCUUAUUCUGGGAGCAGGGGACUCAGCAGUGAAUGAGGCAAAACCCUGGUGUGCGUGAGGCUCUCCCCGCCCCAAGGAAAGAGGACGGGGUGGGAUCCCAACCCCGCCCCCCCGGCCCCC